CAAAGCAAAGCAUUUGGGUUACAACUGUCGAUCGAAGCUGAUGUGCAUUUGAGCUGCGUGCGCAGUGCGUGUUAAGAUUUAGAGGUUUAUUGUCCGAGCAAUUGAAUAUUUUUUUUCGGAAUAAAUUGUUUACGUGUAAUAAAACUAUUUUUUUUGUUUAUUUCAGAAAUAUGUCUACAAACGAUACAGAAAAUACACAACACGUUAUAACGACUCAACCGGCAGCAGUAGCAUCAUCACCACCACAAACACCCAAGCGAAAGGUUUCGAUUGCAAAUGAUCCAGUUAGCGAAAGUCGUUAUAAUGAUAACUUGGCGUUUGAGCCAUGUUCCAAACGAAAAACAUCUCAGGUAGAUCAUUUAGAUCUUCAUCACAAUACCAUACCGAUACGAAAGCGGAGCAUUCUUGUAAAUGGCGGAGGACAAUCACACGGUGAUGCAGAAUCCAUUUAUAGUCAUCAGUCACACGAUAAUAAAACAUUUGAGUUCAAGCACAAACCAGUCGAACCCGAAUUUAAUAGUAGAACACAAGGCAUUGAGCAAUCAUGGAUAUAUACAUUUUGUGUUAAAUGCCGAGGCGAAGAUAACAGCCCUUCAUGGGAACCGCCCAUGUGGCAAAAAUUCUGUCCAUUUCCACUGUGUCCAACUUUUCGUCAAUUCGCCAGACUUUGGUCUAUUAUUAUAAUCGGCAUGAUUGCCUGGAUGACGCUUUACGUAAUUGUAGGAGAAACUGCAGGGCCCGGUGGACAAUUAUUUCAACUUGUUGUAUUAGUAGUUGCAUCGAAUUUCGGUGGUUUUUUAAUGUCACUCACAACAUUGCCCAGACUAAUUGGAAUGUUGGCUACUGGGAUACUCUGUCAGAACUUAAAAUUAGUGGAUAUUGGUGAUGAGCUGCUUGGCGUGACAUCUUAUAUUCGAAAAUUCUCACUCGUUAUAAUCCUCAUUCGAGCUGGUCUUGAGAUGGAUCCGAAAGCAUUCAAAAAUGUAUAUAUAACUAUUCUUAAAUUGGGAUUGGUACCGUGGACUUUGGAGUGUGUGUUGUGUGCUGUAUUGUCGAAAUAUGCAUUUGGUAUGCCUUGGAUGUGGUCAUUUGCUUUGGGCUCAAUAAUCGCAGCGGUCUCUCCGGCUGUUAUAGUACCAUGCCUCUUUCGGCUACGAACAAAAGGCUACGGUGUCGCCAAAGGCAUCCCGACAUUGAUUGUCGCUAUCAGUGGCAUUGACGAUGCGGCAUCGGUAGCAAUAUUUGGAAUAUUAGCAAGUAUUUUAUUUGGAUCUGAGGGAUUUACACAGCAAGUGAGCCAAGCACCGGUGUGUGUUUUCGGAGGUCUUUUAUUUGGCAUUGUAUGGGGAGUUUUAUUAAAAUUCAUCCCUGAAAGUGGUGAUGCAUAUGUAAUUCCAAUUCGGACUUUAAUGUUAUUUGCCGGAGGAGUUCUUGCAGUUUUUGGUAGUGAACAUAUAGAUUAUGAGGGAGCCGGUCCACUUGCCGUUGUAUUUGCUGCAUUUAUAGGUAACUAUUUUUGGUGCAAAUCUGGUGAUUGGGAAGUCGAAGAUAACCCAGUCGGAACGGCUUUUGAAAUUCUCUGGAUGUUCUUUGAGCCUGCAUUGUUUGGUGUGACCGGUGCUUCUGUGAAAAUUGAUGCCCUUGAUAAGGAUGUUGUUACUCAAGGUGUUUCGAUUUUAGUUGUUUGUGCAAUUAUUCGUAUUUGUUGUACCAUCCUAAUUGCUAUCGGAGAUAACUUAAAUCUUAAAGAAAAAAUAUUUGUUGCGUUCGCUUGCAUGGCAAAAGCAACUGUACAAGCAGCACUUGGACCAGUGGCUUUGAAGCGCAUUUCACUUAGCAAAGACAGUACAGACCAAGAAAAAGGCUAUGCAGCACUUAUACAAACGAUGUGUGUUUUAAGCAUCGUAGUCACAGCUCCAAUUGGAGCAAUAAUGAUUUCAAUAUUGGGUCCGCGAUUGUUAAAUAAAACAAAACAAUUGCCACCAACUGAAGGUUGGCGUCGUAGUCACCGUCCUUCGCUUUAUGACAUUAGUAUUAUUGACGAGAAAGAAGAACGAGAAGAUCCUGAAUUGCAAGAAGACUUGGAAACAGUUGGAAAUACUAAUUCUAAUGCAAAUAAAACCGUUUUUACCAUAACGAAAUAACUCUAUUAAAGUAAAAAUGUUUAAAUCCGGUUAUUCGGUUACUUUGACAAUAAUCUGAACUGUAGACAUUAGUUAAGCUAGUUUUCGCAUGUCGAAUAUUGUUUAUUUUGUUUGUGUUGUAAAUACUUCAUAUUUUAUCGAAUAAAUACAAACAAGCUAUCAUU